AUGUCCCCAACUUUCGAUACGUUUAAAAUAAGCGAUUAUAUUCAACCGGACUUAAAGCAGCAAGUUAAAUAUUUCCACGUUUUUGACGACUUAAAAAAUACUCCCAUAAGCGGUAACAUACUAUUCGUGACCACCGAUGACAAGUUGUACGGUUUGGGCGUUAAUAGCGAGGGUCAGCUGGGGUUGGGUCACAACCAGCCCGUCACGAGUCAGCGCGAGAUCCAAGAGCUAUGGGACCGUAGGGUCAGAAACUUUGCAAACGGGUUUAACUUUGUGCUGGCUAUCAAUGAGGACAACCACGUGUUCAGUUGGGGUCGCAAUGCCGAGGGACAGUUAGGUCGAGCGGUCACUGAAGUACUUUUCAUGAGACCACAAAACAUCGCUUGCGGUUACUAUCACUCGCUGGCGCUCACCACCGAUGGACAGGUAUAUGGUUGGGGCGGCAAUAGCAUGGGUCAGGUAGGUUGGGGUAAUAAUGGUAACAAUCACUUGGGAUACAAUACGGGUGGUGAACACCACGUGGUUAGUCCGCGAUUGAUAUCGACGUUAAGCGAUGUGGCAAUAGUAACAGGGUCAGGUUUCAAGACAUUUUUCCUGACAAACACCGGUGAACUGUAUGUGUGCGGAAAGGUAUCCCAGGAGGUGAUCGACACGCCGCGACAGUUGGCGGUAAAUGUGCAGUGUUUGAGCAUGGACAAUCACUACAAGGAUGUGGUGGCUAUUCGUAAAAAUGAUAGUAUCUAUCAAAUACUACCGGAUAAUCAGAUUUUACUUCGCGAUGGUUACCGGGAUAUCGAGGAUUUUUACGCGAAAUUACUGCAAAUAACGUAUAAUAACACGUAUUUACUGCCACUUAAUACAGACAAUAGUAGUCAUCGAGAGUCGGAUACGUCUAGUGACGAGUCGAUUGAAGUGAUCCAGAGAUCACAUGUUAAGUCAAAAUCAAAUACAAUGUCCAGAAGUAGUGACCACUCGUCCACAAGUAGUGUUUCCACAAAAAGCGGGAACUCAUUACCAGAGAGUAAUAGUUAUGCGAUUUUAUUCAAAAACCCGUUUCCACAAAAAGCGGGAACUCAUUACCAGAGAAUUUCACUGAAACUCAAAAACAAAAAGCUUUUAGAGAAAUGA